AAGAAUGUAAACAAAGCAGGGAACGUCAUACUGGCCUGUUCAUAACCAACAAAAUGAACACGGCACAAUACAAAUGGCUGCCUGUCAAAACAAAUCAUCAUUAAAUUGUUGCAUGGCAGUAACGUAACGGUAGCUUUUUAAUGUCCAGUAGAUCAACAGUGCCUUAAUAUUACUGUGUUACAAUGACUGAUAAAGAAAAUGAACCAGAUGAGAUAAUCAGCAUUGAUGCAGUCCGUGAGUUUCUUGUCAAGAACAAGGGAAAGGUCCAACAAGCAGAUUUAGUUAAUAACUUUCGGCACCAACUCAGCAGCCCAGCCACGAAAGUUCGUGCACGUCAAGAAUUUAAAGAUAUAUUGCAGCUAAUAACAGCCGUUAAAACUGAGAAUGGUGAAAAGUUCAUUGUUUUGAUUAAACAACAGCAAGAACAUUUUCAAGCAUCUGUUAUAAGUCGAAAAGCCAACCGCCCAUUAUCCGUGCGAAAAGAAUUGGCAAAGUCUAAAAUUGAUUAUGCGAGAACACAUGAUGGAAGUGAUGAAGAAGACAACAUUCCUCAUCAUCAUGGUUCAGCCUCCACAAUUGCAAGUCAAGACUCUGGCGUUGCUUCUGAAACCUCGUCCCAACAUUCAGUAUCAGCACCGCGCUCAGCUUUGUCUGACAAAAUGAAAGAAAGCCAGAGCAUGGAUUCAAUUGAUACUUAUAUGGCAGAAGGUGAAGAUGAUGACCUAGAAGAUGAAAUUGGUUUGAAUGAUGGUGCUGUGGUUUUACCAGAAGAAAAAGAAUGGAUGCUAGCUGCAGCUCAUGGAAAAAUUGACGCAUUAAAAAAGUUACUGGAAAAGCAUCCAGAGUUAGCGAGGAAAAAGGAUUUUGUAAUGGUGAGUAGCUUAUUUUUAGUAAUUAAUUAUUUGAAUAAUUCUAAAUUUUAAUGCUUAUAUAUAUUUUUUCUUGUCUGCUGCCACAAUAUGAUCACGAUAUUGGUAUGCUCUUC